AUGUUAAUUAUGGAAUACAUGAGUAAAGGAAGUUUGGCAACAGUCAUUGAAAAAGAAAAACUCUCCUAUAUAGCGAAGCUCAAUAUGGCUUUGAAUAUCGCUGGUAGAAUGCGUAAAUUACAUGGACGUAAGAUGAUUCAUCGUGAUAUUCGACCUGACAACAUUCUUGUUGAUGAAGAUCAUACAGCUAAAAUGGGUGAUCUAGGUAUUGCAUAUAGAAUUGAAACUAGAGCUCAACAAAUGGUCACAAAUACUGGAUGUAUAUCAUAUAUGCCACUAGAAUUUUACCAACAUAAAUGUGAUCAAUCCCUUGACGUAUUCACAUUUGGUCUUACAUUGUACUUCAUGUUUACGGAGGCUUCACAUGCAUAUCAAGAUGAAGAACAUCAAAUUAUUUUAACUAAGAGGAGUCUUAUUUUUCAAGAAAUAAUUGAACGAUGCGUUCAUCAUGAUCCUAAACAAGGUCCAUUAACUACAGAACUUGAAGCUAUAUUUACUUUGUAUAAACGAACGUUCGAAAAACAUGCUGCAAUCAAUAUUUUUAGCUACAAAAAUCAGCCACUUAGUAAACAAAAUGGUUUCUUUUUCGAUUUUUACAAAUCUUUUCAUACAAGAAACAACGCAGCUAUAGAAAUUCAAUUUGCUCGUGAAAGAGCUGAGUCUUAUGAUUUUACGGAUUCGGAUGCAAUUAAAACUGCUGUUUUCGGAAUCUUAACGAAGACUAUACUCGAAAAAGAACUAGAAGAGAAACGAAUAGGUAAUGAAGAAAGUAGCAACAAAGAUGGUGACGAUUCUGAUGGAGAUAAUUAUGAUGACGAUUAA